AUUUUUUCCAUAGCGACCUGUCCGAUUUGUCUUGAAACUAUGUCAAAUCCAAGAAGUCUAACGUGCAAGCACAGUUUUUGUCCAAAAUGUAUUCAAAUUACUCUAAAUGUAUGCAACAGGUGCCCAGUAUGUCAACAGCCACUAGGUUAUAUCAUAGGAGACCAGCCUCGUGGACAGAUGACUUUUUAUCGUAACAGUGUUCCAGGCUACGAAGGUCAAGUAGCCCGGAUAUAAAAAUCGUAAACAUAUAUUCUAAUGAUUCCCAUAAGAAAAAAUCAUGGUUCCCGUCGGCGCCCCCUUUUUUUUGUGUCGGUAUUUAUUACCAAACUAGAGUCCCCAGUCCUUUCUCUUACUCCACCCUUUUUCUGGAUUUCUCGUAUUUAAAAUCAGUUCCCCUUACCCUAUGGGUUGCGGAAUUUGGACUAAAAACGCCGUAUUUUAGCCCUGAUCUGUUCUUAUUAUUCAUUAAAAUUUUCCUCGAAGCAUAUUAUAUUCUUAAUGAGUAACUCUUUUAGAUAUGUUUUUGUAUCAAGGUUGUUACUCAGUUUAUCCUGACGAUACAAAGUUUACUACUGUCAACAUUUUAUUGUCUGAGGUUAUCAGUAUAGUAUGGUAAUAAGAAUAAAGGAAUAACAAGGAACGGCUGGUAUGGAGUUUUACCGCAGUGUCAUUGUUUUAGAACAUCAAUAUGGAUUGACAUGUCAUGUUUAAACGCUCUAUUAAAUGUAACAUUUGCAGGCUACGGGAAAAUCGUGAUCAGUUAUCAGUUUCUGUCCGGAGUACAAGGCCCGGAACAUCCAAACCCUGGUCAGCAUUAUCAAGGCACAUCACGCACUGCUUAUCUCCCAGACAAUCAUGAAGGACGAGAGGUGCUGCAGCUACUGAGGAGAACGUUUGAUGCUCGACUGGUGUUUACAGUGGGUACCUCAAAUAUAACAGGGCUUUCAAAUCAAGUGAUAUGGAAUGAUAUUCAUCACAAGACUAGUAUAUCUGGGGGUUCUUAUGGGUAA